AAUACUGUAUUCCAAUGAGUUUCAUUACCUGAGCAUUCAUUAGGAUGUAUUAAAAAACACAUAAGUUGCGUUAAAUGGACUUUUUAAAAUUAUUUCGGAUGAACUGACUGUUUUUGUUACAGUCAAUACAUUCUUAGAUUAUUUCAAAUGGCCAGAAACAUCUUCAAGAAGUGAUCGAAAUGAUUUUACUUCAAUGAAAGAUAAAUUUAGUCGAGUUAGAAGAAUAUUUAGGGAUAUAUAUAUUUAUUUUAAAGCAUAUAGGUUUUCUUUAAUUAAUUUUCAUCUUUAUAAUUCCACUUAUUAUUUCUGUUUCAUAUUAAUAGAGCAGAUGGUGGCGCUAGUCGCAUGUUAAACACGGUUUCUAAACUUAAGCAUCACGUCACAAUGUUAAAGACAAACUAGUGCGAUAGAUUUACAUGUUCUUAAUCUUUUUUAAAUUUUGUGAAUGUAAUAUAAAUUACCCCAUUUCAAUUUAUGCUGCACAUAAGUCACAUUUUUAUAUCCUCCUUAUAAAAUUUUUAUAAAUAUAGGCUAUAUGGCAUAACAUACAGUGUAUUGAAUUUUAUUUAUCAUACAUGGACUUUCUAAAACGUUUAAUAGCAAUUUAAAUUAGGUCUCCCAUGAGUGAGAUGUUGGCUUGCAAUUAAACUAAAUCCCUGAAAGCGUAAAACGUCACUUUCUGCUGACGACACAUCUGAGGCUUCACCUGUCAGGUCACCUGUACAGGUGAAACAAGAUUGGGCAACACAUAAACAAGAAAGUUGAGUUCUCAUUUGUCAGAGAAGGCUUCACUCUGACAGCAUGCACAUCUUUAAAUCACGCACAGGAGAUGCAUGUUUUGUCAACUGAGUGCAGAAUUACCUCACCAAAUAUGCAAUAAUUCAGUGCACAAUAGGAAACAAGGAGGAAAAUAAGUAUUGCAAGAAUUCCCAACUUGGUUGACUUUCAUCAGCGGAUACUGCAGAAAUGGAGAUUGAAUCAAUGGCUGCAAACUGUGCACUCAUAAAAGCACGAGAAGUAGGUAAUGGUGGAAACCGCAAAGGAAGGAGUCGAAAAUGGAAGGAGUUUCUGCGUUUACCGCACAUAAACGAGUGCACAGAGCUGGAGAGAAGCAUUGUGCGAGACUAUCACAGUCUGUGUGUGAAACAGCCCAUCGGAAAUCAGCUGUUCCGCCUUUUCUGCGCAACUAGAUCUGAUCUGCAGCAUUGCAUUGACCUCUUGGAUGAAAUGGUGGAAUAUGAGGUCACACCGGAUGACAAGAGAAAGAACUUUGGCAAGCAACUCGUCACAAAAUAUCUCACCUCACAGUCUUCUAGGGUGCGGGAGAUUUUACACCGUGAACUUGAGGAGUUCAGCAGCCACCUGGAGCUCAAAGCUUCUGAAGAUAUCUUCAGCAAUUGCCAAAAGGCACUUCAUGAGUAUCUGAGCGGAGCUCCGUUUGAAGAGUAUCAGAAAAGCAUGUACUUUGACCGAUUCCUGCAGUGGAAGAUGGUUGAGAGACGUCCAGUCACCCGAAGCACAUUUCGAGAAUACCGUAUUUUGGGAAAGGGUGGGUUUGGAGAGGUAUGUGCGUGUCAAGCCCGAGCAUCAGGGAAAAUGUAUGCAUGCAAGAAACUGGAGAAGAAACGUGUUAAGAAGCACAGGGGGGAAUCCAUGGCCCUCAACGAGAAACAGAUUCUAGAACGGGUCAACAGCAGAUUUGUGGUGAGUUUAGCAUAUGCUUACGAGACAAAAGAAGCUCUUUGCCUGGUGCUGACGUUGUUGAACGGAGGAGACCUGAGAUUUCACAUCUAUAACAUGGGCACGGUGGGGCUCAACAAAGACAGAGUACAGUUUUAUGCUGCUGAGAUCCUGUGCGGCCUGGACCAUCUUCAUAAAAAAUCCAUUGUUUAUAGGGAUUUAAAGCCAGAAAACAUUCUAUUGGAUGAUAAUGGUCACAUUCGGAUCUCUGAUUUGGGACUCGCCGUAAUCUUGCCAGAAGAAAGACACGUAAAGGGCAGAGUGGGAACUGUGGGUUACAUGGCACCAGAAGUCAUCACAAACGCACUCUACAGUUUUAGUGUAGACUGGUGGGGACUUGGGUGUCUAAUCUACGAGAUGACGGCUGGAAGCCCUCCGUUCCGCAAACACAAGGAACAGCUAUCUAAACAUGAGGUAGACAGACGAGUUCUGGAGAUGAUCGAGCAAUACGAUGAGAAGUUCGAAGAGGAAACUUCAUCCAUCUGCAAAAGCCUUCUGGCUAAAAACCCAAAGGAGCGACUGGGCUGCAAGUUCAGGCAAGGAGUAGAUGCCAUCAAAGGUCAUUCGUUCUUUAAGAACAUCAACUUUACGAGACUUGAGGCAGGAAGGAUGCCGCCAUCCUUUGUUCCCAACCCGAGAGCCGUUUACUGCGCAGACGUCCUGGACAUCGAUCAGUUCUCUACGGUUAAAGGAGUGGUCCUUGAUAAGGUUGAUGAUAAUUUCUACAGCAAGUUUAACACGGGUAGCGUGCCUGUGCCCUGGCAGAAUGAGAUGAUUGAGACCGAGUGUUUCAAGGACCUGAAUGUUUUUGGGCCACGUGGAACAAGAACACCCGAUCUCGAUCGCACCGUGAUGAUCCACCAGACCAACAUGGAGACUCGGUUCAUCAAUCAUAGUCCUCCAGAUUACAAUCGACCCCGGCUGCUGAACAGAAUCUUCAGGAGACGCAACAGGGAUCCGUCAGCUGAACCAAUAUAUCGCUGCUUAUCUGCAGAAGAGCUGUGAGGACUGAAAAAAACAAAAACAAAUAUUGUACUUUUUAACCUUAUUUUUUUUUAUUCUUUUAAAAGACACGAUGGCUUCCUCACUGGAGAGGUUAUUCAGAGUCUUUGUUUAAGUAAUAUUGAAAAGAUAUUGUGUAAAUGUACUGUAUCACAAACCCUGCAGUCUUUUCAUACUUUCAUAUUACAAAAAAUUAAAGAUUUAAGAUGCUUUGUAUGUUAAAUUUGUAAAUAAAAGUCCAAGUUGGUGUGAAAAUUGUGUCUGGCUGUUGCAUAAAUAAAUACUGAAUUGUAAGAGUGUAGAAACAUGAAAACGAAAAUGGUUAAAGCCAUUUAUAAUCCUUUAGAGUAACUUUAUUAAAACAAGUUUGUGUAUAAAACAUGGUUUACAAAAAAAAAAAAAAAAAGAUCAUAUUUUACAUCUAUCUGCAUGACUACAAACCAAUUAACAAAUAAACAUAAAAAAAACCAUGAAUGGAAACCCAUGAUGUCUGAGAA